CUGACUCCACUUUCUCGGUUGUUUAGCAUCAAUUCUACCUUUACUUCAGUGAUAAGUGACAAAUCAUACCAUCUUGACCAAGAGAUAGACAUGAAAUUCUUAUACCUCAUUCUCAGUCACCUUUAUAAAUGAACGUGAAUCUAAAGAUAUAUAUUUGAAUUUUACGUAUUUUUAUUACCUUGGUCAACCCUGACUCCUAACCACAAAAGUUUCAUUUGUUUUCUUUCUCUAGGUGGAAUAUGUAUUUACGGAUAAAACUGGAACACUGACAGAAAAUGAGAUGCAGUUUCGAGAAUGUUCAAUUAAUGGCCUGAAAUACCAAGAAAUCAAUGGUAAACUUGUACCUGAAGGACCAAGCCCAGACUCCACAGAAGCAGACGUGCCUUUCCUUGGUAGUUUAUCCCAUCUCAGCAACUCAGCCCAUCUUACAGCCACUUCUCUUAGGACCAGUCCUGAAAGUGAAACUGAGCUAAUCAAAGAACACGAUCUGUUCUUUAAAGCAGUCAGUCUUUGCCAUACUGUACAGAUCAGCAAUGUUCAAACUGACGGCAUUGGGGAUGGUCCCUGGCAGCCCAACCUGGCACCUGCACAGCUGGAGUACUAUGCAUCUUCACCAGAUGAAAAGGCUCUGGUGGAAGCUGCAGCAAGAGCUGGUAUUAUAUUUGUAGGCAUUUCUGAAGAAACUAUGGAGGUUAAAGUACUUGGGAGAUUGGAAAGGUAA